CAGUGUAGUUUCUUAGAAACAAUAAGCACUUUGUUUAGUGUGUCUUACAUUUUUUUGAAAAUGUCGGCCUAGUAGCUAAGAAAUAGUUCAUCCUGUCCAAGGUGCAACCUAUACACAGGAAGAUCUGAGCUUCAAGGAAGCCGAUAACCCAAGGGGACAGGGAGAUUGAUUUGACAGGUGGUUUACAGGACAGUCUCAACCCUUGACAUGUUGUUUUCUGCAUAGAAGAACAGAGAUAUUCAUGCAACACAGAUUAGAAUGGAUAAGAGGGACCUCUACGUGUACUCUACACUUGGAAGGCUCUUUUAAGACUUGUUCUGUGGAAUGAAUUGUCUUCUGGGCAACUUUUAGAAGAACAAAACAAGUAUAUUUACACUGGAACCGUUUGUAGGCCUAUUUUCUUUUCAGCAUAACAUCCACUUGGAAAUAUCCCAUAGUAACAACACAAGAAUUGCAAACUGAAAAAUAUUCCCCACACAAAGCAAACAUGUUGCUCCCAUCAUACAUUUAACAGCCUCAAUCUUGCUCUCAAGGGGUUUGAAAAUAUUGAAUUGUUUGCAAAAGACAGAGCCCAAUAAAUCAACACUGUACCUAAGGUGAAUCCAUCUCCUUGUAACAACAAGAUGCAAGGCUCCACUAAUAACUUUAAGAGCAGUGACAAUACAGUCAAGUGGGUGCAAUCAUUUACUGUGAAAAAAUACUUUGUUACAUCCAAUAUCCUGAAGUGAACCACUGCUAUUUGAAGACUAUUGAAUUGUGGUUAAAGUGGAUGAGCAAUUUGUUUGUUUUGGUUUUCACCCAAAUUCAAAAGACAUCGACUUUGAGUAUGGAAUUCAGUUAAGCCUUUUUUGAAAUGCCAGAAGUAGCAAUAAGCUCCUAAGACUAUGACCAACAGAAUUUUCAACUCCAAACUCUGUUGUCGUCUGCCAGACAGUCCACUCCCUCCUCUGUCCUUACUUUCCCAACCCACUGUGCUGCAGUUAAAAGGUGGAUUCAGUCUUCCAAAGCUUGAGCUCUGUACCCCUGAUGAGGCCCACAUAAGCAGUCUCUGAAAAUUCAUCAGGAUGUUGGGGUAAGCAGGGAGAAUGCAGAGCACUACAGUGAAACAGUCAUAAACCAGAUUUCUUAUUAUUAUUGUUUUUUUACACAUUUACAUUUCCACAGCAACAGGAUAUGACUCUUGCUACAGGGAUAUUCUUUGCCAUUGUGCGUGAUGAUGAAGUGAGGUAUUUAUUUUGGUAUUUAAGAGGAUUUCAGAACCAGUAGUCUCUUUCAGGGAAACUGGAGGUUUUCUGUCUUUAUUUUAUACACAGAAAGAAGCAUGACAAUCAAAGGAAAAUGACCCCUUUUGGAAUUAUGGUUAUUUGGAAGGUUGCUUCUGCUAGUUAAGGAUACAAACCAUACAGUUAUGAACAAGAGGGAGUUACCUAACCCAGACAGUACAACAUUAUAGAUCUUGGUCAAUGUCUCACCACCACUGUCAAAGAGCCUGAAGGUAUUGUAAAUGUGCAGUGGGCAGACCCCUCAUUCCACCAAAUCUGUUUUAGUCAUUUUCUUUUUCACUGCUGGCCUCUUCACCCCAUUGCUCUUAUCAGUGCAUUGCACACAUAUGGGUGUGGUCACAGAGAGGAUACCACAGUCUACACUGACAGCUGUAAUAACGCUACCAUGGGGAUAAGCUGUUAACCAAGGCUCAGCCAUCCUACUAAUUAUAUCAAUGUAAGACUGUGAAUAAAUGUAUCUGUGCUCAAAUUAAAACACAAUAUAAGAGGCUUUAGCUCCAGAUACAAACUGCAAAUAUCAAACUAGGUCCAUUGUCUGACCCUGGACAAAGGUAUUUUCUAUUUUCACAAUUCAUUGGGGUCAUGUAAAUUUGACUUGAUUCCUCCACAUGGGAUCAUAAACCAGCAGAUUGAAUUAAGAAUAGGAUCAUUUACAUUGUAUUAUUUAGCAAGGUGACCUUUAUUUAUCUAUGCACAAGACAACGUUUAAAUAGAUAUACUACAUACAAAUCCAAAGUGCCACUUUGAGGUCCAAUGCCCAAAUGAUCAUGCAGAUCACUGAAAUGUCACAGAUCUGAUGCACAAAGGGAUUCUUAUAAUCAGUAGCCUACCCUAAUACUCAAACAGCUCAUCGUGCACUCAAAACACGGUUCAAUCACAGACCUAGGUUGUAUAGUGAAGGCCACUUUCGAAAUACCAUACCCCCAUGCAUCCACAUGCGUGAAUCUUUAAUGGCAAGACGAAUAGCUUAGGCAGUUAAAUAAUGAUGUAAAUGAGAAUUGCAUGCCCUGCCCUUGAUUCAAGCUGUUGACUUCUUCCUGCUUUAUUGUAAACCAAUGACGGAGGAGAACUGUCUGUUACAAAUUUAAUAGCCUUCUCAUUGCACAACUUCGGAGGACACGAAUGCGAACGAUAGCCUAUACGAGCAAAAUCCACAAUGGAACCAUACAUCUUUGCUACUAUGUGAUUUUGUUGGUGAUGAUGACCCAGGCGUGGAUCACUGAAACAGAUGAAUAACAUCAACAUUUUGGAAGCAAUGACCAUUGGCUGUUCAUCAUGAUUACCCCAGCUUUCGAGUUGAGCCAGGAUCCAGAUUUCCUGAAUCUGAGUAUCCGUGUGCCCUACACAAGAACCACAGAGUUUGAUCUCUAUAUUGAUGGGGUUGAUUUCAAGUUCUAUGCCAAGCCCUAUUUUCUCAGACUCACCUUACCUGGAAAAAUAGUGGAGGAUGGAAGAGAGAAAGCCACAUUUGACAUUGAUAAAGGUCUGUUCACCCUCCGUGUUCCCAAGCUGAGUGCCGGGGAGCACUUUGAGGGCCUGCAGAUGUUGACCAGUCUCCUGGCUCCUAAAGGCUCCCGCUCAGCCAAGCCACUGGUAGAAGACAUGACCAUGGAAGCUUGCAGUGCGAGUAUGGAAAGGAAGGAGGAAGAGGAUGAAGAUGAUUGGGACUGGCAGGUGGAGCAGGAGGUGUUCAUGGAGUGCUCUGAGGAGCAGCUCCGUUGCCUCCAGAGAUACGGGUUUGGGAAUCAGAGGUCAGGGGUCUUCACCAGACUGGAGGAGGAGCUGAGUGAUGUGAUUGACGUGAAGAACCCUGAUGGCACCACAGCAGCAGAGAGGAGACAAAUGAGGCUGGAAGCAGAGAGCUCCAUCUUCUGCCAUGACCAUUACCUAGCUGACCUGUUUGAAGAUGAGCAGAUUCAGAGUCUGCUGAAGUUCUCCCCGUGGUGGUCCCAGCUGAGCCCAGACCAGGAGGGAGGAACAGCCGUGUCCUUCACCGACGACGACAAGGAGCAGCUGAGGAGGUUCACCAACCGCUCCUUCCUCCUGGAGAAGAAGGCCCGCCAGCAGGUGUGGCUGGGCCUGGUGGACGUCCUGCUGGCCUAUGCCUACGAGGUCCGCACCACCGAGGGAGAGCCCACGGUGGAAUCAGCCUGGACCAUCCGCAAACUCUCUGGGACGCUCUGCUGGCUCGAGACAUACAGCUCCCUGAAGGAGGUCCUGGUGGCGUUUGGGAGGAGGGUGUUGUGUUACCCUCUCUACAGGCACUUCUCCUUGGUCUCUGCAGCCGUGCGUGACACCGCUCUGAUCUUGCAGUCAGGGAAGGCCUGCGUCCUCAAAUGCCUGCUGGCGAUCCACAGCAUCUUCCGGAAGAACGACCCGGCCUACAUACUGAACGACCUCUACAUAACAGACUACUGCAUCUGGAUCCAGAAGGUCAAGUCCGCCAAGGUGACAGCUCUCGCAGAUCCCUUACGGAACAUCUCCCUGGGGAAGAACGACCUGGAGUUGGAGCUGGAGGUGCUUGAGGUGGCCGCAGGGCUAGUGGAGGAGGAGGAGAAGGGAGGAGGAUCCGGGGGGGCCCCUCAUUCCCACGGCGGAGAGGAGCCCGAUAGCGACGACACCGACACCGACACCGACUCGUCCGAAGAGAGUGAAGACGACUCUGUAGAAGAGGGGCAGCACUGUACACCCAGAGCAGAGAGAGGAGGAGGAGGAGGGACGGCAGAGGACAGCCCCCUCCAGCCCUGGCCCCUGCCUGACUCCCCUGCCCUCACUGCUCCCGCCCCCUCUCUCAUCCCCCCAGAGUUGUGGGCGGAUCCGUCAGCGCAGAGGAAACCCAACGGCCCCCCCUCCUCCUCCACUGCAGCCCCAGCCAGGGACGACUCCAGCCCGCUGAUCCAGGAGCUGGGGCAGAUGAUGGGGGAGGGGCUGUGUAUCUCCCUGGCACAGGCCCAGCUUGGAGAGAGGCAUUCUAGCAGCAGCAGCAGCACACAGGCCCAGCGAGAUGGAGGUGGUUCUCAGCCCUCUGCUGCAGCACAGCGAGAUGGAGGUGGUUCUCAGCCCUCUGCUGCAGCACAGCGAGGUGGAGGUGGUUCUCAGCCCUCUGCUGCAGCACAGCGAGAUGGAGGUGGUUCUCAGCCCUCUGCUGCAGCACAGCGAGAUGGAGGUGGUUCUCAGCCCUCUGCUGCAGCACAGCGAGAUGGAGGUGGUUCUCAGCCCUCUGCUGCAGCACAGCGAGAUGGAGGUGGUUCUCAGCCCUCUGCUGCAGCACAGCGAGAUGGAGGUGGUUCUCAGCCCUCUGCUGCAGCACAGCGAGAUGGAGGUGGUUCUCAGCCCUCUGCUGCAGCACAGCGAGAUGGAGGUGGUUCUCAGCCCUCUGCUGCAGCACAGCGAGGGGAGGUGUCUGCCACACCAACACUGCUCGAGCCGCGUCCUCGCAGAAACCCGCUACUUAUCCUCAACACAGACGACAGUGACAAUAUUGAUGAGGAUGAUAUCAGUUAGAUUUUGAUGGGUUAUGCAACAGAACUUUCCAAACUUGGCAUCUCAUUCUAAUUAUGUUGGAUGAUUUUGGUUCCAGAAAGAGGACAUUAUAUGUGAACUAAAAUAAUGUUGUAUUAUCAUAGUUUCAUUAUAAUUAUAAGUGUCUUUAGUUUAGUGACAAAGUAACUUAAUUGUAUAACAUGUUUUUUUAUGUUACAAGGAGAUACAAAUUUGCUUUAUUACUGAAUAAAGGCUUGUUUU